AUCUCAGAAUAUUAYACAGCCAUGAACAGACUGAGGCGGGCUAUUACAUUAUUAUUCAACUCAUAUCCGUAAACUCUGUAGAUUUCAAAGUCUUUUGGCAUCUAUACUGACUUCUGACAGCCGACACUGCUCACCAAUGYGAAACAAAACUAGACUUUGUAGAAAUCAUUGCGAGCUCGAAAAAUAAUGGUUAACUARGCAUAUGGAUGUGUGGAGGACUGACCGUCCUUUCUUUGACUAGCCUCGUUUAACGUGAAUGCUUGCCUGGCCUUUAGAUGAUUCACAACAGUUUUCAAAGAUGAGAGUCCGUAGAUACUUCAUUCUGCUAUUGUUAUCCAGUGUGCUGUGUUUUCUGAUUCUGGCCAUCUUUGAUUCAAACCUAUGGGCAUAUGUUCGUUUCACACAUUCACAAAAAACAUUUAAAAGAUAUACAAAGCGAAUUGAAGAUUUCUUAAGACCAGACAGUAACGUUGCCUUAGCUAGAGAUGAAUUUAUCAAAGACAGUGAACAAAAACUUCAUGAUAUUCAAGAACUUUUAAGAAAACUUGUAUUAAGAAACGCAAGCGCUGAUGGCGUUGAAGAUGACGAGAGUACAGAAAAAGUAUGGGAUGACAACUUAGAAAGGUGUACCCCCCAACAAAACAUUGUAUUCCUUAAAACGCAUAAAACAGGCAGCAGCACGCUGACAAAUAUCUUUAAUCGAUUUGCUGAUCUUCGGGAACUUACAGUAGCAUUGCCAGUUGUCGGCUUCAAUAGAUUUCGUUGGCCUCUGCCUUUUCAUUGGACGUACGUUGAUCUGUUUUUACUGGAUGAUAACUAUGCUAACAUUUUAUGCAAUCAUGCUCGUUACGUUAGAGAAUCCAUGGACGCUGUUAUGGAGCUUGAUGCAAAAUACGUAACAAUUCUGCGAAACCCUAUACAGCAAUUUGAAUCGAUGUUUGAUUACAUGGAAUUCAGCAAGUUUUUUGGGCUUCAAAACACAACGAACCCAAUGCGUCGAUUCUUAAGAAGACCUUUUCAGUAUAUUCGUAACAUGACUAUGAAACUCCAGAUGUUUCCUGAGUCGAUGCAUUUGAUAAGAAAUGGUCAGUUUUUUGAUUUGGGUCUUAACCCUCGUAGCUAUGACAACAGGACGCUUGUCUUAAAAGAAAUAGAAAAGAUUGAUCGAGAAUUUUCCUUGGUUUUAAUCAUGGAGUAUUUUGAUGAAAGUUUAGUUCUUCUUAAACGUGAAAUGUGUUGGGACUUGGAAGACAUUGUGUAUGCAAAGUUCAAUCAAAGACAUCGAGUCAAGAAGGAACACAUUGAUAGCGAUUUAAAAAGAAUGAUCGAACGUUGGAAUGGAGCUGAUGUCCUUUUAUAUCGACACUUCAAUAAUACAUUCUGGAAUAAGAUAAAAAGUCAUGGCAAUGAAUUCUACAGAGACUUAGAAGAAUUUAGAGCAAAAAAUAGUCGAGUUCAACAAGAUUGUAUCUCGCCGGUAAUGGCAAAAGAAAAAGCAUUUAGACUCACUAAGGAGGUUACAAAGCUUCAGCUAAACCCCAGAGUGACUAGUUUCGAUAGAUAUUUUUGCAAUAAGCUUUUAACAGACGAGGUAGCUUAUCUAAAGUAUUUUAGGUUUAAGUAUAAUCCUUAUUUUGGUUACCAACGAAAACUAAGGUCCGAGCGAAAUCUGCCUCAAAAACCAAUUCCACAGGUCAGCCGCACACCACAAUUUAUGUCACAGCGAAAUUUYCCGCAAGGAUUUCCACAACCUCAAAUCAACUCGAGAGAACCAACUUUUGUAAGCCGUCCACAACAACAACGAAGUUUUCAACCUCAACAAAGACAGUUCCAAGGACAGGAAACGUUCCAGACUCAAAACUCAAGACGUAAACCGAAUUUUAUAAGUACAGAAAAAGUAUGGGAUGACAACUUAGAAAGGUGUACCCCCCAACAAAACAUUGUAUUCCUUAAAACGCAUAAAACAGGCAGCAGCACGCUGACAAAUAUCUUUAAUCGAUUUGCUGAUCUUCGGGAACUUACAGUAGCAUUGCCAGUUGUCGGCUUCAAUAGAUUUCGUUGGCCUCUGCCUUUUCAUUGGACGUACGUUGAUCUGUUUUUACUGGAUGAUAACUAUGCUAACAUUUUAUGCAAUCAUGCUCGUUACGUUAGAGAAUCCAUGGACGCUGUUAUGGAGCUUGAUGCAAAAUACGUAACAAUUCUGCGAAACCCUAUACAGCAAUUUGAAUCGAUGUUUGAUUACAUGGAAUUCAGCAAGUUUUUUGGGCUUCAAAACACAACGAACCCAAUGCGUCGAUUCUUAAGAAGACCUUUUCAGUAUAUUCGUAACAUGACUAUGAAACUCCAGAUGUUUCCUGAGUCGAUGCAUUUGAUAAGAAAUGGUCAGUUUUUUGAUUUGGGUCUUAACCCUCGUAGCUAUGACAACAGGACGCUUGUCUUAAAAGAAAUAGAAAAGAUUGAUCGAGAAUUUUCCUUGGUUUUAAUCAUGGAGUAUUUUGAUGAAAGUUUAGUUCUUCUUAAACGUGAAAUGUGUUGGGACUUGGAAGACAUUGUGUAUGCAAAGUUCAAUCAAAGACAUCGAGUCAAGAAGGAACACAUUGAUAGCGAUUUAAAAAGAAUGAUCGAACGUUGGAAUGGAGCUGAUGUCCUUUUAUAUCGACACUUCAAUAAUACAUUCUGGAAUAAGAUAAAAAGUCAUGGCAAUGAAUUCUACAGAGACUUAGAAGAAUUUAGAGCAAAAAAUAGUCGAGUUCAACAAGAUUGUAUCUCGCCGGUAAUGGCAAAAGAAAAAGCAUUUAGACUCACUAAGGAGGUUACAAAGCUUCAGCUAAACCCCAGAGUGACUAGUUUCGAUAGAUAUUUUUGCAAUAAGCUUUUAACAGACGAGGUAGCUUAUCUAAAGUAUUUUAGGUUUAAGUAUAAUCCUUAUUUUGGUUACCAACGAAAACUAAGGUCCGAGCGAAAUCUGCCUCAAAAACCAAUUCCACAGGUCAGCCGCACACCACAAUUUAUGUCACAGCGAAAUUUYCCGCAAGGAUUUCCACAACCUCAAAUCAACUCGAGAGAACCAACUUUUGUAAGCCGUCCACAACAACAACGAAGUUUUCAACCUCAACAAAGACAGUUCCAAGGACAGGAAACGUUCCAGACUCAAAACUCAAGACGUAAACCGAAUUUUAUAAACAAGCCACAAUUUAUUGAURUUCCCCCUAGAUUCCCAUUUUAAAAACAAGCCACAAUUCAUCGAUAUUUUUGGUCGCUGGUAUAAAUGUUCAGUUUUGGGAAGUUGGUGUUUAUGAAAUGUUAGUUUCCAUAUAAUCGUUGUAAUUAUCCCAAAAUAUUGUGCUUACUGUUUUUCCCCCAAGAAAACUAGAAGAAUGCAAGAGGACGUCGGGCAACAUAUGAGGGGGUAGGGGUGGGGAGGAAGGGUGGUGUUAACUGUURAAUUAUUUGGCUAUAAAAUAUUAAUUGUUCUUCUACAUAUGUUAUUAUCAGUGAAUCUAUUAAAAAAUUUACUUUACACUGCCAUAAGUAUUAUUAAAGUGUGGUCAAAAUACUUAGAACAGUUGG